AUGUGUCUAAACCGAAGAGCUGAUCCUGGUUAUGAGAGUGGUGCGUGGGAAUUUGUGAGGUGUGUUGGUGCAGAUUUGCGAGAGUCUGAGUUGAUCAUUUGCCCAUGUAUUGAUUGUCGCAACGUAGCUCGUCACUCAGCCAGUGUUAUUGUGGAUCAACUAGUAACAAGAGGAAUGGAUUUGAGUUACAAGAUGAGGGAGGAUUGGUAUCACCAUGGAGAAGUAAUGUCAGGGACUGACAGUAGAAGCAAUGGAAGUGAGAAGAGGAAUGAGAUUUUAGGGUUAUACCAAGCAGCUGCCUUUGUUGAUGAAGAGUUUCUUAGGCAUGGUGACUUAAGUGAGGUUGUUGAAGGUGAAGAUAAGGCAGAAGAUGAGUUUCUUGCUAAGCUAGCCGAUGCAGAAACACCUCUGUAUCCAAGUUGUGCUAACCACAGCAAGCUCUCUGCAAUUGUUUCACUCUUUAGGAUAAAGACACAGAGUGGUUGGUCUGAUAGAAGCUUCGAUCUGCUGCUUGAGACUUUGCCACAGAUGCUACCCGAGGAUAAUGUCUUGCACACGUCCUUGUACGAAGUGAAGAGGUUUUUGAGAUCUUUUGAUAUGGGUUAUGAGAAGAUACACGCCUGUGUGAAUGACUGCUGUCUAUUCAGAAAGGAGUUUGAGAAGCUAGACAAAUGUUCGAAAUGCAAUGCUUCAAGAUGGAAGAUUAACUUGCGCAUAGGUGAUGUGAAGAAAGGUAUUCCACAGAAAGUUCUAAGGUAUUUUCCCAUAAUCCCACGGCUGAAGAGGAUGUUCAGGUCAGAGGACAUGUCAAAGGACUUGAGGUGGCAUUUUACUAAUAAGAGCACUGAUGGAAAAAGCAGACAUCCUGUUGAUUCUGUUACUUGGAAUCAAAUGAAUGACAGAUACCCUUCAUUUGCCGCUGAAGAAAGAAAUCUUCGGCUUGGGCUGUCCACAGAUGGGUUCAAUCCUUUCAAUAUGAAGAAUGUGAACUACAGCUGUUGGCCUGUUUUGCUUGUCAUUUACAACAUGUCACCUGAAAAGUGUAUGAAGGAGGAGAACAUCAUGUUGUCGUUGCUGAUUCCUGGUCCAAGCCAACCUGGUAACAAUAUUGAUGUGUACUUAGAACUGCUUAUAGAGGAUCUAAACCACCUGUGGGAGAAAGGAGAGUCAACGUAUGAUGCAGUCAGCCACACCACUUUCACAUUAAGAGCUAUGCUUCUCUGGACUAUUCAGGAUUUUCCAGCAUAUGGGAAUCUUGCAGGCUGCAAAGUAAAGGGCAAAAUGGGUUGUCCUGUGUGUGGAAAAAACACAGACAGUAUGUGGUUGAGUAACUGCAGGAAGCACGUUUAUAUGUCCCAUCGGAAAGGUCUUCCUCCCACACAUCCUUAUAGAGGAAAGAAAGCAUGGUUUGAUGGGAAAGCAGAGCAUGGGAAAAAGGGUAGAAUUCUGAGUGGUCAUAACAUAAGCCAUAUACUUAGAAAUUACAAGAAUGAUUUUGGAAAUGUGAAAGUAACUGGUAGGAAGAGGAAGAUUAAUGAGACGGAAGAGGAAGAAGCAGUUGAUGAGGAAGAGCUAUCUAGAUGGAAGAAGCGGUCAAUCUUUUUCAAGUUGCCUUAUUGGGAAGAUCUACCAGUUAGACACAACUUAGACGUUAUGCAUGUGGAAAGAAAUGUUGUUGCAAGCCUUAUAGCUACAUUGUUGCAUUGUGGAAAAUCAAAAGACGGUCUUAACGCGAGAAAAGAUCUGGAACUGCUUGGUAUUAGGAAGGAUUUACAUCCUCAACCCCGUGGGAAAAGAACAUACCUUCCUCCCGCUCCUUGGUCUCUGUCCAGCAAAGAGAAGAAAGUAUUCUGCAAGCGGCUAUCGGACUUCAGAGGUCCGGAUGGAUUAUUACCUAAAGGUGUUAGGAUAGCUAUUGGCCGCCUCUGUGCUUUCUUCCAUCAUCUCUGUCAGCGGGUAAUCGAUGUAGAGAAAAUUACAGUAUUGGAAACUGAAAUUGUGGAAACACUCUGCAUGUUUGAGAGGUUUUUUCCUCCAAGUUUCUUCGAUAUAAUGAUGCAUUUGGUAGUUCAUCUAGCCAGGGAAGCUCGGUUAUGUGGACCAGUUCAUUUCCGAUGGAUGUACCCAUUUGAGAGAUACAUGAAAGUGCUGAAAGACUUUGUAAGAAACCUUGCAAGACCAGAGGGUUGUAUUGCUGAAGCGUAUCUUGCAGAGGAAUGUGUUAGGUUCUGCAGUCAGUUCUUGAAAAAAACAACAAGUUAUGAGGAGAAACCUGAUAGAAAUACUGAGUUCGAGAGCAGCUCUAUUCUUGAAGGUCGUCCAAUAUCUGCAGCCACUUGUCGUGUUCUUUCUGAGAAGGAUAUGAAGAUUAUACAUCUUGCUGUGAUUCAGAAUAUGGCAAUCGUCGAACCUUAUGUGGACAUGCACUUACAGCAUCUACAGGACACUAAUGAAAAAUGUAGACGUGAUACAACAACAUUAUGGAGACUUCAUUCACAAAAAUUUGCUUCUUGGUUAAAAGACCAGAUACCUAUUAGCUCAGAGAAUCACGAGGAGACACUCAAAUGGCUGGCCUACGGUCCUCGUCUUAGCUCUAGGUCUUUCACUGGUUACAUAAUUAAUGGUCUGCGGUUUCACACGAUUUCAGUUGACAGGCAAAGUCAGAACAGUGGUGUUCUAUAUGAGGCAACAGAUAUGUGUAGAUCUAGUGCAAAAGACACUUCGCAGAUGGUUGAUUUGGUUGAAGAUGGCUUCACACUAGUCAACCUCAACCAAAGUCAAAUGGCUUUUGCAGCUGAUCCAUACAUCCUCGCCUCACAAGCAAAGCAAGUCUUUUACUCCAGAAUAGAUGAGUCAUCUAGUUGGUAUGUAGCUAUGAGAGGUCCUACAAGAAGAUACCGUGAGGAAGAUGCUGAAGAUGGACAUGCAGAUGUUGGUCCUAUGCCAGCAGUAGUAGCCAUGGAUGCUGAUGACUUGGUUGAUGAAUCUAGAAAUGCUCGAGCUGACUGUGAAGGAAUAUAUGUUUGA